UGGGGGAAAUAAAAUGUCAAAAGGAAAAGAAAAGAAACAAUCAGGUUUUAAGGACAAGGAUAAUAUUUUUGUUUUCUUUGAGCACCAUGGGUAUUUGUUUAUAAGGGGCUUAACCAGCAAUAUUAUUUUUUUAGUUUCGGUUUUAAGGGAAUGUAGUCCUAAAAUAAACAGAACUGUAAGGGGUGGAGAGGAGGGAAGAGAUCCUGUGGUAAUCCAUGUUGCCCGUCUGGGGUAUGUGAGAUAUGCUCCUCAGAAGGAUGGGGAUUCUGGGCUGGGGAUGUGGCUCAAGCGGUAGCGCGCUCGCCUGGCAUGCGUGCGGCCCGGGUUCGAUCCUCAGCACCACAUACCAACAAAGAUGUUGUGUCCGCCGAGAACUAAAAAAUAAAUAUUAAAAAUUCUCUCUAUCUCUCUCUCUCCUCUCUCACUCUCUCUUUAAAGAAAAAAAAAAGAAGGAUGGGGAUUCUUAGGCCUGGGCAAUGUCCCAGCACAAUGGGAACUAACCCUAUUGUAUGGGAAAGACUACAGAAAGUGCCAAAGACUGACACUAAUCAAUCUAUGGGCCCUUGAGAGAAGGGGGACGUGUAGGAUAAAGAUAGACAACUAAACAAAGAUCUGUGUGGUAACCACAUAUUACCCUGUCUGGGCCACUGCUCCCACUCUCAGGAACCAGACUUUAUGGUUUAGGACAUGCUGUCCCUCCUGCCAAGUUAAUAAUUUCCUCCCCCAGCCAGAAUCCUGCCCCAGGCAGGAAUAUAGCUCCACACUCACAGCAAAUUCCUCAGACUGCCUGUCAAAACCAUCCUGCUGUUCAGGAUCAAACUCUUUCCUAGGGUUUUAGGCAUCCUUCAAGAACCACCCCUCUCUCCCGAAUUCAAUAAUGAAGGCCUAUAUGCUUGUAGAUGUGCUUAUCAUGGUGGCCUUCACAGUGGGAAAGGGUCCUGUCCCCCAGGUCCGGACCUGCCACUUGUGCCUCUUAGAAGAUCCUUCUGUAGGAUGCAUUUCGGGCUCCGAGAAGUGUACUAUCAGCAGCUUAUCCCCAUGCAUGGUGAUCACCAUCUAUAUUAAUAACAAGGUUCGCUUCAUCAUCCGAGGCUGUGGACAGUACAAUUCUUACCGCUGCCAAGAAAAACACAGCACCUACUUGGCAGGGUACUGGUAUGAGGCCCAGUGCUGCCAGUAUGAUUACUGCAACGCCUGGUUCAGCCCCCAACUCCAGAGCUCCCUGCCUGAGUCCCGCAAAAGACCCAUAAUCCGGCCCCUGUCCAACCCCCAGAUCCACCAGUUCUACCAGGCCCUGAACCUCUCAUUGCCCCUGCCUAGCUUUGAUGCUGGGAAGGAGCCUAAAGGCCAGGAGACCCUGUUCACUCUGCCCCUGGAGCUGGGCUUGUCCAUUGCUGACCUACGCCACAUGUACUUGUUCCUCAACAGUUCAAGAGUUCUGGUUCUUCCCCAGGCUGGACCCUGACAUCUUUCCCUUUCAAAAUUCCACUCUGUUCCAGAGCCUUUCCUCAACACCUCCAGCAUCUUGCAGUACCCUCUGAGAAUAUCACAUCCUCUGACCCCUGUGAUCUCUUAGGCCUCCCUCCUUUGGACCUCCAGUGUCUAUAUGGUUUUCAUUUAAUUUCCUCCCAGGAACCCUGGUGCUGCUCUUUUUUCCUCCAUUACUAAUAAAGAAUCUCAAAUGUGAAUUCUUCCCAGUCUGACCUGAAAAAGGCACAGAGGUUCCCAUCAUCUGAGUGUUUCACCAUCUUCCCCUCUUCUCAGUCUGGUCACCUGCCACAUCUACUCAGAUCUGGCACUAUAUCCCCUUUCUUUUGCCUGUCUCUAAGAGUUGGUGCCAGACUGAACUAGCAGAAGAAAGGACUAAGGGUAGAUUGCUGUGAAGAUUUCCUGACAUAGCAAUCUGAUGUUUCUGCCUCAUUGCCUCUUCCAUCUCCUCUUCCAUCCUACUUUCCUGCUGCCUGUGUCUUUUCUUUUCACAGUAUUUCUCCUCCUCAGCCCCAUUUCUCCUCACUGAGUACUGAUACCCAUGUCCAUUAGUGCCUGGUGAAAGGAAAGAGAGGGUCUGUCCUACUCUGCUCUACAUCCCCCAUUUCCCUCCACAAUAAACAGACUGGGCUACUAAA